AUGGGUUUCCCCUCGCAUAUCGGCCAGUACCCUCUCACUGAAGUCCACUAUGAUGCUAAUCCAUAUAGGUGCGCCAUGAUGCCACCACCUCCAGGAGCCAAUCCGACUCCUCCAAGAAUCCAUCCCGGUGGAUUUCGUGUUCCCCCGGGAUUGAACCCGGGUGCCUACCCCGUGCCACCCCAUCUGGAAUCCCCUGCUCAUCACUGCAAUGGUGGCCCAGCCGACCCACGUCAGUUGGCCGCCGCAAGUGGUACCCCCAAUGGCCAGGCCCCCAAUGACGAUACGGUGCCGCGACACGCCCUGCCCUCGCCCACCAACGAGAUGCUUGCGACCCCCCUGGCCGUAGCUGAGCGGGUCUUCGGUCAGGCUGGUCUCAAGCCAGAGCAAAUUGCCAGUAUUCUGCGAGCAGCUCAACCAGUAUCUUAUGGUGACUAA